ACUGCUAACAACACACAAACGAGCAGCAGUACAACGUUAGAGUUUCGUGGAACACAUUCAAAACCAAAAAGACUGGCAGUCGCUCGCCCGCUUCGCCGCCGCCACACAACAGAGCAUAGGCUAUUGAGUCCUAACAAGUCGUUGGUCCGUGACUCAAAACACUAAAUAGUGACGGCUUUUAGUGCAGCACUUGCCAUCCGCACAGUGUGAAGGAGGAAAUCAUCAAAAACACAAGACAAGAACCAAAAGGGCGUGAUACACGUUCUUUAGCGAGAAGAAAAAAAAAGUGCAAUCGUCGCUUCUCUUUUCCAAAGCUUCUUCUGGAACGGUCCCAUCUCAUCAAGCGACAAAGUCCCGACGUCCCUUUUUUGGGCGUCUUGAUGUGAUUCAGUGCUCUGUGCGAUCUCUAUGUGAGCGUCAGUGAUAUUCUCGCUUUGUUCUCGUCCCUCAAUCUCGUUCUUUUCGACGGUUUAAACAACAAAAAAAGAUAAAAAAGUCCCGCAGAUCCCAGGCAAAAUGUCAGGGAAGACGCCGGUGGCCGUCGCCUUGCUGGCGCUCAACUUGAUUGGCUUGUCGUUAGGUUCGCCACUGCCGCACAGAUUGAAUCACAGCUCCUCGUCGUUAGGGCCGCUCGUUCCUCUUUCGCCUUCUUCAUCUCAUCCGCUGUCUCAUUCAUCUCGGACGGAUUCGACUCCCGAUUCCUCCUCUUCGCCGUCCAGAGGCGGCGCCCAUUUUCAGCCAACGACGUCGACGUCGACGACGACGACUACCGCCAACGCGGAACAGGUUGACCGCGUCCAGCUCCUAUCAUCCCCGUGGGAACCCGCGCAAUUCAAUUUGCCUUUCAGCGUUCAAGCCGAAGAAAUCUCGGACGAAGAGUGGCGUCAGAUGAUGACGGACGACUUGCGCCGUCACGGCGUCCUCGGCCAGAUCGUCGAUGCCGUGCCGCCCUACAUAGUCAACGUUGAUUACGCCGACCAUGCCUGCGUUCAUAUGGGCAAUCAGCUCGUCCCACGUCAAACUCAACUCCAGCCGCAGCAAGUCAAUUUCCCGACUAAUGGAAGCGGAGGACUCUUCACGCUGAUGGCCAUCGAUCCGGACGUGCCUAGUCGAAACAACAGCAUUUACUCAGAGUUCCUACAAUGGCUGGUGGUCAACAUCCCUGACGAGGAUAUCGAACGAGGCGAUGUGCUGGCAGAAUACCUUGGCCCACUGCCGUCGCAUAAAGGCGGCCAGCAUCGCUUCAUCUUCCUGGCCCACAAGCAGCCGGACGGAUCAAUCAUCAACACGAGGGGGUUGCCGCACGCAGAGCCGUGCGAUUGGGCGUCGAGGGCCCGUUUCAGCGCCCGGAAAUUCGCCCAACUUCACCGGCUCGGCCAGCCGACGGCCAUUAACUAUUUCACGACAGAAUUCGACUCGUCCGUUCCGUUGGCCAUCGAGCGCUGCCUCCUGAGGAGGCAGAGCCUCAUCCACAUCCAGCAGCGUCUCCUCCUCUCCUGACCUAUUCAAUCGCCCAACCCCACCGCUGCCGUCACCACCCCCACCCACAUUUUCAACGUCAUAGAACAAACAAUAACUAUCUAACGACCAUCGGAAAAGCGAAAAAAUCAAUACACUGUGUGUCACGAUGA